CCUCCAUUUGCGCAGAUCUCGCGCGAACCUUCUUCCGCUCUCGAUCUCGAUCUCGAUCUCGCCGUACUUGCAUGGCAGUGGGAUUGCCGGCGCACGAGAUAUCCGACCUGUGCCUCGGGAAGCCCGCGCUGAGGUGCCUCCCCGCCGCCGCCACCGUCGGCGACGCCCUCGCCGCCCUCCGGAGGUACGGCGACGCCGCCGUCGGCCUGUGGGGCUGCGGCGACCUCCUCCUCCCGCCGCCGCCGGGCGGGGGGGCCGGCGGGGGGCGCGCGUGCGUGGGGAAGGUGUGCGCGGUGGACAUCGUGUGCUUCCUGUGCCGGGAGGAGAACCUCGCCGAUCCGGCCGCCGCGCUCCGGUCUAAGGUGGAGGCCGUCGUCCCGAAGGCCGGCGGCCUCGUCAGGCACCUGGAGCCGCACGCCAGCUUGUUGGACGCGAUCGAGCUGAUCCUCGAAGGCGCGCAGAACCUGGUGGUGCCGAUGCGAUCUCCCGGAGGAACGAAGUCGAGGAAUAACCUCCUCCACAACCACCGUGAAUACUGUUGGCUCACGCAGGAAGACAUCAUUCGAUACCUCCUCAACUUCAUCAAUCUCUUUGCCCCCAUACCGGCCCUCCCGAUAAAUUCUCUCGGCAUCAUCGACACCGAUUCGAUCCUUGCCGUUCACUAUUACGACCCUGCUGCAUCGGCCUUGCGUCUGAUCCCCGAAUCCAACCUCAAACAAACUGCAGUGGCGAUCGUCGACGACGAAGACCAAUUGAUCGGCGAGAUCUCGCCAUUGACCCUCAGUUCCUGCGACUUGACCGUAGCUGCUGCUGUUUUGACGCUAUCUGCCGGAGAUCUCAUGGCGUACAUCGAUUGUGGUGGUCCGCCGGACGAUCUAGUUCGUCUGGUCAAGGAAAGAUUGGAAGAGAAGAACUUGGUCACGUUCUUGGAGUCAUUGGAAGAGGAACUGGCGUUUUCUUUGCCAUCCGCGUCGUCCUCUUCCGAUGAAGAGUUUGGGUGCGGGAAGGGCGGGAGAGUCGGAGGCUACUCCGCGAGGAUGGUGAGGAGGUCAGAGGCCAUCAUGUGCUAUCCGAGCUCUUCGCUCGUCGCGGUGAUGAUUCAGGCGCUCGCGCACAGAGUCAGCUACGUCUGGGUCGUGGAGGAAGACGGGAGCCUCGCCGGGAUCGUCACCUUCAAGAGCAUGUUGAGGGUCUUCCAUGAGCGGCUAAAGUCCAUGAGCUGAAACAGAGCAAAGGUGAAAUCAAGAUUGAUGAUGAACUGAAAAACUCUGAUUAAAACAGACUCAUAAACAUGGCACAGAUUGAAUUUUGGCUGGAAUUGCGCGAGUUUGAGGAUGCGAACUUGAGUUAAUCUUUAAAUCUAUAUAUGUUUUUUUCC